UAUCCAAACAGAUACUACCUCUUACUUCUAAAUCUGGUUCAAACUCAGCAACCCAAAUCUCUUCUUCGCAGAACGAAGUUCAAGAGGGGGUUAAAGACCAAGUAAUUGUUCAAGAUCUGGGAGCCAGUUCAGGCCCAGCAACCCAAGCAUAUAGAGAAAAAAUAACCUCGCAGAAUGAUAUAGUAUUUGUAGAAAAAAU